AAAUGCAUAUAUUGAACAUCGCUCAACAUUGGGCUACUUGUUCAGUCUCAACGUAAGAUCAAACUUCUAGUCCGCCAUGGCCACCAUAAAAUUCAAAGAAGCUUCGCCCUACGUUCAGCCCACACCGACGCCGCCACCAGAGGACUACCUGUACAAGAUCUACGAAGACAAUGUAGCCUUAAAGUCAAGCAGAACAGGUGAGAAAGUUCUGAAUUUGGCUAUUUUUGGACUUGGCCGUGCCGGAACCAUUCACUUAUCAUCUUUGGCUCGCAAUCCUCGUGUUAAGAUUAUCUAUGUUGUCGACGAUGUCGAAUCCAAGUGGGCAGCUUUGAAGGAGUUCUGGGGACUCAAUGACGCUACUUUCCUAAACAGUAAACAGUCCAGCGCUGUGUUCAAGGAUCCCAAAGUUGACGUUGUUGUCGUCGCUUCUCCAACUUUCACUCAUGAGGAAAUCGUGGUUGAAUCUUUAAAAGCUAAGAAGGCUGUCUUCUGCGAAAAACCCAUUGCCGAGUCGCGUGAAAAUAGUGUCAAGUGCUACGAAACCGCCAAGGCUGUUGGAAAGCCACUCUUCUGUGCUUUCAACAGGCGUUUCGACCCAAGCUACGGUGCGGUGAGGCAACGUGUGCAAAAAGGUGAAGUCGGCCAUGUUCAAACCAUCAAAGUUUGCUCCCGGGACUCUCCGCUACCUUCUAUUGAGUACCUGAGAACUUCAGGCGGUAUCUUCCACGACUGUAUGGUCCAUGACAUUGAUAUGAUGACUUGGAUCAUUGGAGAAUACCCCAUUAAGGUUGCCGUACAAGCACACACUCACAUUCCUGAAAUCAAAGCUUUGGACGAUCACGACACUGUCGCCGCUACCCUCUACUUCCCCUCGGGAACUUUAGGAAUAGUUGAUCUGUCCCGAAACUGCAAUUAUGGUUACGAUCAGCGAUUGGAAGUUUUCGGUCCCAAGGGUAUGCUCACAGCCACCAACGAGCAGCCGAUUCACUGUGUCGAAACUCAGUAUGGAUUAAAUGGGCUUACCACCGCACCGAUUUGGUACAGCUUCCCUAGUCGUUACCGCAAUGCUUAUCAGACGGAAAUGGAGCACUUCUUAGACAUCGUUCAUGGAAAGGCAGAAUCAAUUGUUGACUACAGAGAAACUCUGGCAGUCAGUAAGAUUGCGACAGCUUGUGAGGAGUCUGCUCGCAGCGGAAAAAUGGUCGAGAUCAAAUGGGGAGCGGACGAACUCCCAAAGAAAAAUUAGUUAUGUAAAAAUGUACUUUUUCACCAAUAAUAAACUUUCUAAGUAUAUAUCGUCACAGUUACCAAUUAGUAAUACCGACUGUGCUGCAUGCGUGGGAAUCAUAAUCUCAACGAAAUUAGUACAAGUACCACAAUAAAAUUA